GGCAAGACAAAGUAAAGAUGUUGCCUUACAAGAGUCCCAGGCGCUGUUCGGGUGCGCUCAUCCUGAUUGUGCUCACAGUGUACUUGCUACUGAUCCUGCCAUCUCCCUCGCACGCUGAGAGCCUGGACACUCUUAAGGAGGAGCAGCAAAGGCGCAAUACGGAACCCAAAUUAGAGUCGGACAGUGACGCGCUCAACGCCAAUGGAGCUGGUGCUAGCAGUUCCCGUGCACAUAUUGGCUACAGCAACAGGCGCAACCAACGAUCCGUUGGCUAUGGGCCUAGGUUUUUUCCCAUUUCUCGAUCAAAAAUUCCUAUCGAACUGGAGCUGCUAGUGAACAACGAAGAGGCUGAACGCCCAAAGAGAUUCGACGACUACGGCCACAUGAGGUUUGGGAAACGGGGUAACGAUGACCAGUUUGAUGACUACGGCCACAUGCGUUUCGGACGAUAAAAAUGAUGCGAGGAUGCGGGGAUGUGGGAGUGAUAAGCUUUUGUAAAUAGUACAAACUUAUGCAUACUUAAUGUUUACAUAACCAUGACUUAAACCAAAUUGAACUGAAUAAAAAGAUUCUGCAUUCCAUAAA